CUAGUUGGCUUGAGCUCACGGGAGAGUUUAACCCUGCAACAGUUUCUUCUGAUUCUGCAGCACAGGACUUGAGUGGCACCGCAUCCGCAGCGUCCUGAACCCCAAGAUGCUGAAGCUGCGGGAGGUGUCGGCCUACGCCCCCAUCAUCCACCAGGUGGUGGGAGACCUGCUGGGACGGGUCGAGCUUCUUCGCCGUCGCAGCCUGGACCAGGCCACCGUGUCGGACCUGGCCGCUGAGCUCUACAAGUUCGGCUUUGAAGGUAUUUCAGCCGUCCUGUUUGAGACCAGGCUGGGCUGCCUGCAGGAGGAGAUCCCUGAAGACACCCUGCGCUUCAUAACUGCCGUCAACAACAUGCUGACGCUUUCCGACAUCGUCAUCCUGUUGCCCCGCUGGAGCCGCAGCGUCCUCCCCUUCUGGAAGCGCUUCGUCCAGGCCUGGGAUGACCUCUAUGGUGUCGCUCAGAAACUCGUGGACCGAAGGAUGGCUGAGUUGAAAGAUCAGGUGUGCAGGGGUGCGCCUGCGGGGGGGAUGUACCUGACGUACCUGCUGUCGUCUGACAAGAUGAGCAGAGCGGAAGUCUACAUAAGCGUGACGGAGUUGAUGCUGGGAGGGGUGGACACGGUUGCACAUAAAUACAACAGCAUGUGA